AUCCUCAUUAAAUAGACUUGGGCACACUGAAAAGCCGACGUCGCGCUUGAAGACGGCCAUGCAAGAAAAAAUAAGACUCGAUCACAUCGUGAGUGAGAAAAGAAGUGCUCUCUUGAGUGUGCGCCCGCGGACGGUUUUUGCGGUGGUAAAAAGAGAGUGUGUGGUGUAGAGGAGAGCGGAGCGAGAUUGUGGCAGGAAAGGUUCUAUUUCACCAGUAGCAAAAGAAAAAGGAACCCUUCACAAAAUGUCCGGAAAUACGUGCUUCAAGUGUGACCGGCCGGGCCACUAUGCCCGCGAUUGCCAAAAUGUUGGUGGAGGAGGUGGUCGCCCGGGAGGACCCCGCGACAGACAGUUCGGCGGUGGUGGCGGCGGCCGUCGCGAGAAGUGCUACAAAUGCAACCAAAUGGGACACUUUGCACGUGACUGCAAGGAGGAUCUGGACCGGUGCUACCGCUGUAACGGAAGUGGCCACAUCGCCCGCGACUGUAGUCUCUCACCGGAUGACUCUUGCUGUUACAACUGCAACCAGAGCGGCCAUCUGGCACGCAACUGUCCGGAGAAAAGCGACCGGGACAUGAACGUGUCCUGCUACAAUUGCAACAAAAGUGGUCACAUCUCGCGAAAUUGUCCCACCGGGGACAAGAGCUGUUACAGCUGCGGUAAGAUUGGUCACUUGAGUCGCGACUGCACAGAGAACAAGGGACGCGAUUAGAAGUCGGGUUAUGCGUCGUCGUGGUGCGUCAGCAGCAGCAGCAGCAACAUCAACAAUAAUAACAACAAUACUGUCGGCAGCAGCAACGUUUUGAACCACAGCAGCAGUUUGAACCACAUCAAUAACAAUAAUCAUACCAACAACAAUAACAACAACGGUGCGGCGAUGGCUGGAUAUUAUCGCUUACCUCCGCCGUUGCCGCCCCCGCAUUCUGCCGCAGAACAACAGAAGCAGCAGCAACAACAACACCUAUUUGGUGGCCUGACUCCGUUCCAGAACCAUCUUCAUCAAUCCCAUGCCCAGCAGCAACAUUCAACCGGCCAUCACCAACACCAUCAUCAUCAGUUUACUACCUAUUCCGCCGAUAAUGCGCUAAAAGUGAGCCCGCAACAGAAUGCUGCCUUCCUGCUACAUCAACAACAGCAGCAGCGUCACAAAAACUCUUACUACAAUAGCGCUUCGUCCCCAAUUGGGGCCCAUCUGGGACAUUACACCGCUGCUACCGCCGCCGUCGUGGGUUGUUCCAACACUGGAACUACCGGAACGGGUGGCGGAGGAGGAGGGACUACUGCUGCCGUCGUCGCCGCCGCUGCUGCUGCCACCCUUCACGCAAGCAAACCACGAUUCAAGUUAUAAUAUUCACUUUGAUAAAAAUGAUUAUAAAUAAUAAUUGAACGAAUGAUACAAGAAAAGUUUGAUGAAAUCAAAAGAAAAAAAAAAGAAGGAAGCAACAGCAAGGAGUAAAUUAUCUUUCACAGACAAACAAAACUAAACAAUGGAAACAUAACACUAGAAACCAACCAUUAAUAUAAACACUCACUUAGGAGAGGAGGCGGAGAAGAUUGUUUUUCCUAUACCUUGUUUUUUUCGUGUUGUUUCAACGCUAUACGAAGCCACCUAAAUUAUACCCCCUUACAAUUAUAUAUUCAUUUUUUUUUAUCGUAUGGAGAGAGUAAAUAAACGAGGCCUGGAGAGAGCAGAAACCCCACUGGAAGGUUUACACGA